GUUUUCGUAGGCUAUCUAAUUUUUGGUAUAUCCUGCCUAAGUAGGGGGGAAAAAAUCUGCAAUUUGACUUAAAUACAGAAAUACUACGAGUGUAGUACCUUGGAAGAAACUGUAACUAGCUCUGGUUUCUUGUGAUACUUUUCCCAUCUAAAUUAGUGGUACAUGCUGGAUCAUAUUUUUUCCUUGCAAAUUUUAGUGCACUUGGGGAUUUGGUGCAUCCAUCUGUCUUGUGGGGCUUGGAACACGGUAGUCUUGAACGUAGCGCAGUAGAAUAAAACUCUAGUUUUAAUGUCUAACAUGGAAUUUUUAAAUUGAUUUUUGUGUAGCCAGAGUGACGUUCUAACUGAGAACCGUAAAGAGCAUCGAGAAAUCAUGCAUGUUACUCCCAGAAACGUGUGGAAUACAUGUUAAUUAAUGAAAUUUUCAAUUAGCAAAUAAUGAGGCAGAUCAGCUUUUUUUGUAUUAAUGUACAGUAUUUUCAGAUUAAAUCGCAAUUUUUAUAUUCAGUAUCCCUGGUUCAGAGUGGACUUCGUGUGUGCUAGGACUCCACAGACGUGAAAAAAGACUGAUUUGAUGAACCCUGAAAAACGGCAAAAAACGUUUAUCGAUUUUAUUUGUGUCGGAAAUUGUCUUCGAAUUUCAAAGCUCUUUAGUUACAGGAAAAUCGCUCAGCAGUUUCCUUUAGUUAACUUUAGUGUGAAAAGACCUUCCUGAAAAGUGAGUGGAAUGACAUGCGGUCACAAUGUUUCCGCGGUGAAUGUUUCAGCGUAAAGGCAGUAGGACUGGCAUCUACACUGCUGUAGAACUGACGUGUAAUGACAUAUUGGAAGUUCAGUGUAGUCCUUCCGAUUGUCCACACGGGGACAUUGUAGACCAUCACAUUUAAAUUCUCUCUUUAGGGUCUCGGGGCUCCUCCCAGAUUCAGAGGAUGAUGAUGUUUCUCAGGCGACUCAGACAAAGAGAUUUAGAGGGCGAACGAGAAAGGGACUGAACACUGAUUAUGUUUAUAGGAAAUGUGCCAGAAUAAAGGGGGGCGCCUUUGGUUUUUUGGAUGUUUGAUUGUUUCAUGAUAAACGCCGUGACUAUCUGACACCUUUUCUUGUUGAAUGUAAUUAUGACUGGACCCGGCAGAUCGAGCUGUGUGUGGAUAUAUCUCGUCUUCGUGCUGCUGGAUUGUUACUCUGAAACGGUUUCUGGGCAGCUCUCUUACUCCGUCUCAGAGGAGGUGAAUCCGGGAACUGUUGUCGGAAAUGUCGCAAAAGAUCUGAGCAUCAAUGUCCAGGAUUUGGAGCCCCGCAUGUUUCAAAUUGUUGCUGGAUCAAAGGGGAAAUAUUUCGAGGUAAAUCUAAAAACUGGAGCCCUCUAUGUUAAUGAGAGAAUAGAUCGAGAGGAGCUUUGCGGUGAUAAACCCAAAUGCUCACUCAGUGUAGAAGCUGUUAUUAAUAAUCCACUGAAACUGUACCGUAUUGAAAUUAUUAUUUUAGAUGUGAAUGAUAAUUCCCCUUCAUUUGAAAGCACGUCGCAAGAAAUCGACAUUUCUGAGAACACAGCGGCAGGAAUCAAAUUUCCUCUGCAUCAAGCACACGAUGCAGACGUGGGAAAAAAUUCCGUAAAUACCUACAAGCUGAGUCAAAAUGAACAUUUUUCAUUGACUACAAAUAAAGAAGAGGGUGUAACUCCUGAGUUGGUGCUUCAGAGAGUUUUAGACAGAGAAAAACAGUCUGUGAUUAAGCUCACACUGACUGCCAUCGAUGGGGGAACACCUGCUAAAUCCGGAAGUAUGACUAUAAUAAUCAAUGUGUUAGAUAUUAAUGACAAUCCUCCAGUUUUCAGCCAAAGGUUGUAUAAAGCCAGAGUCUAUGAAAAUGUUAAAAUAGGCACAUCAAUAAUUGCAUUAAAUGCGACUGAUUUAGAUGAAGGACAAAAUGGAAAGGUGAUUUAUUUAUUCAGCAAAGUAGGUCGUGGGAAACAAAUAGAUGUGUUUUCUAUAGAUGAACAAACAGGGACUGUAACGAAUAAAAGGAAUAUUGACUUUGAAGAAAAUAAUGCUUUUGAACUUCGAGUGCAAGCCAGUGAUGGAGCUUCCUCGCCUAUGAGUUCACAUGCUAAAUUACUGAUUGAAGUCUUAGACGUUAAUGACAACGCACCUGAAAUUUCAGUCACAUCACUGUUGAACACUGUUAAAGAGGGCGCAUCAGUUGGCACUGCCAUUGCCCUUGUUUCAAUAUUUGAUAAAGAUGAGGGUAAAAAUGGGAUGGUGACAUGUAAAAUUUCCAACAAUGUUCCUUUUAAAUUGGAGUCAAAUUAUAAGAAUUCAUAUUCAUUAGUUGUGGAUGGUCCUCUUGACCGAGAAACUGCACCUCAGUACAACAUCAGCAUCACUGCUACUGAUGAGGGCAGCCCACCUCUCUCCAGCACGAGUGUUAUAACUAUUCAUGUGUCUGAUGUAAAUGACAACAAACCUCAGUUUACAGAAAGUGUGAUCAACAUCUACGUGAAAGAAAACAGUCCAGUAGGAGCAGUUAUUAAAACAGUGACAGCAGCUGAUGCAGACAUUGAUCGAAAUAGUCAGGUGAGUUACUCUUUUUUACAAAGCAGCAGUGACUUAGUGCCGUUAUCUACAUUAUUAAACAUCAACUCAGAGACUGGAGACAUAAUCAGCCUACAGUCUUUUAACUAUGAGGAGAUAAAAACGUUCCAGGUUAAGGUUCAGGCCACAGACUCUGGUGUUCCUCCGCUCAGCAGCAACGUCACUGUCAACGUUUUAAUUCUGGAUGAAAAUGAUAAUAAUCCAACAAUUCUCGCUCCUUACUCUCAGCACGGCUCCGUUAACAGUGAGAGCAUCCCCUAUUCUGCUGAAGCAGGAUACUUUGUAGCAAAGAUCAGGGCUGUAGACGCAGACUCUGGAUACAAUGCACUGCUUUCUUAUCACUUGUCUGAGCCCAAAGGAAACAACUUGUUCAGGAUCGGAACCAGCACCGGGGAGAUCAGGACUAAGAGGAGAAUGAGUGACAAUGACCUCAAAACUCACCCCUUGGUGGUCUUGGUCUCUGAUAACGGAGAACCCUCCCUGUCAGCUACUGUGUCUAUUGAUGUGGUGGUGGUUGAAGGCACAGCUGAAAUCCAGACUCAGUUCAGACAUGUGCCUGUAAAGGACGACAGCUUCUCGGAUUUGAACCUGUAUCUGCUGAUCGCCAUUGUGUCGGUGUCCGUCAUCUUUCUGCUCAGCCUCAUCACUUUAAUAGCAGUCAGAUGCCACAGGACAGAUUGCACUUUCAGCAGAUACAACGCCCCCAUGAUCACCACCCACCCUGACGGUAGCUGGUCUUACUCUAAAGCUACUCAGCAGUAUGACGUGUGUUUCAGCUCAGACACGCUCAAGAGUGACGUAGUGGUCUUCCCCGCCCCGUUUCCACCUGUAGAUGCAGAACUGAUCAGUAUUAACGGAGCAGACACUUUUACAAGGACUCAGACUUUGCCUAACAAAGAAAAGCCCAAGGCACCGAAUUCAGACUGGAGAUAUUCAGCCUCCCUGAGAGCAGGAGGUGUAAUGCAGAGUUCAGUGCAUAUGGAGGAGUCCUCAGUAAUGCAGGGAGCCCAGGGGGUUCUGGUUCAGAACUGGCCCACUGCAUCUAGUGCUGCUGAUGGUGAAGGAGGAGAGGUUUCGCCCCCAAUGGGUGCUGGCGUAGACAGCAACAGCUGGCACUUUCGCUAUGGCCCCGGUGGUCCCGGUGCACCUCCACAACACCUAAAACCUGGAGAGGUUCCCCCAGAAGCUUUCAUUAUCCCUGGCUCCCCUGCCAUAAUAUCUAUCAGACAGAACCAAGGAGGAGAGGACGACAAGAGUGAUUUCAUUACCUUUGGAAAGAAAGAGGAGGCCAAGAAGAAAAAGAAGAAGAAGAAGGAAAAGAAAGACAAGAAGGAUAAAGGAAAAGAUGAUGGAGAUGAGUAGGAGAGAAGAUAAUUAAAACUACAAAGUGGAAAAGGGUGUUGUUAAAACAGAGGUAUCAACUAAAGUCCACUGGGAAAAAUACAUUGUCAAAACUAUUUCCUAAUUUCACAUUUUAAUCAUAAUAUUAAUUAAAAAAUCUCUCUCCUUUGUGAACCUGGCCUUUUCAAGAAUUAUUUUACCUUCAGUUCCUGAUUGUGGUAAAUUACUGAUCUUGCCUUGAUUGAACAAAUAAUGCAAUACCUAAUAAAAUUAUAGAGUUUUCCCCACACUCCUAUGUGCCUACACACCCCAAGUCAACUCAUGACAUCCUUUCAACUCCUUUAACCCACUGGGCUUAUUGGCACCUCUGUCUUACCCCAUCCAAACUAGUGUAUAAAUCACUCCCUCUCUCUCUCUCAGAGGAGACGAGAUGCUUUUACGAGAACAACUAAAAGCUGUGCCAGCAAAGGAAAAGAAGAAACAUAAAAAAAAAAGACUGAGACAGAUUUCAGCAGUCUGGAGCUGGACACACUCUACUUGUAAAUAUCAUGGGCGAGAGUCACCUAAAUUAAGGCUAACAAGAAACUGCUGCAGAUUCCUCUGGUAAUUACCAACAGUGUUUCCUGAGAUCUCAAUGAAACCACAUGCACAUACGCAUGCUCACAUAUUCAAACAUGCAAACACAAACUUAUCAAGAAAAAGUGGACACAGAAAGCACUUGACACUAAGAGAGAGGGAGCAAAAAACAGCUGGCAUAAAAGAAAAGUGCUUGAAACCAGACACUGCAAGCUUUUUGCCCUGCACAGUUGCCUAUGAGGUGCACAUCGACUCUCUCAGGAUUGAUGCAGCAUGAUUUGCAAUCACUCUGUAUUUGCUCACUGCAUUGAAAGAACACAUCUUCUAUCAGAACCCCAACUGAGGAAUGCAGAGAACACUGGAAAGAUGGAGAGAAGACACCUCACAUUCUCCUGAGUAUCACCAAGGGGAGAGUCCAGCAGGGCUGGCACAUGACUCCAUGCUGAGUCAGUGGACUCUAAUGAAAACUUUGAGUUCAUCAGGAGAGUCUUUGAUAACACCAUCUUUCCUCCCCCCACUGCAGCAAAAGCCUAAUGCUUUCUGCUUUGAAUGUUUGGUAGCAACCAGUCCUUACCCAAUACCUUGAGUUUACAAAUGCUCACCUGCUUGUACUUGCCCCAUGCUGCCAGGAGCCAUCUUCUCCUGCCCAAACCGCCUUUUUUUGUGACAAUGAAGUUUGUAAACAUGUUAUGUUUUCAUUCAUUUUCUGAAGAGAUUCAUUAUAACAUACUUUUUUUUUUUUUUCUUCAUAGCUUUAAAUGAUUUUUGCUUGACAUACCCAUCACCGUUUAUCCUCAAACACUGACCCUAACCCCCUGCCCAGGAUCAGUCCUGGGAGUGGCCCGUUCUGAACAUUGUGGUAUGCUGCUGAGAGCAGCAUGGAGUAAUGUGGAUGAGGCCUGGGGAAACCCAGUUGGGGAGAGGGGCUAUGCCCUGAACUCUUGUCAGAUGUUUCUUAAGUGCAAAACGGUUUAGCGCUUUUAACUUGUGAAUAAUACACUAUGUGGUUCAUUUCCUGUUUGUAGCCACUAAUGAGAGGGGACCAGGUGGGAUGAGGCUGAUUACAGGGACCCUGGAGGACUGAGAUAGAGUGAGGAGACAGGUGCCGUGGGCUGGCCCUCCCUCUCCAUGUACAAGAGAAGUUCUCCAGCUGAUUGUUCUCAUAUUAGCUUGUAUGUACGCUGUAAAUGUAGCGUAGACUAGAUUGUCUCUACAUUAGCAAUUGAAACUUGAUAAGAAUAUGGGCAACUAAGGACUCUGAUCCCAGAGCUAUAUCCCACCAAUCCUCUCUCAAGAGGUUUUGAAGUAGGGGCACACACACUAGCCUCAAGGUCUGCUUCUGUUGGUUCCCUUCCCCCUGCCUGUAACUUGUUGCCACAUCUCCAGAGUUUUGCGGCUCAGUAUGACGUCACUCCAUUAAGUGGCUGCUGCAUGUACUGCUCUAAGGAAACACAUACUAUAUAGAGAAAUAUAUAUAAAUAAAUAGAUAGAUGGCUAUGAUUUUAUUCUUUUGUAUUAUCAUUUUUCUUCAUUACUUGCACAGGAGAUAUUUGUAUGUACUUCUGUCUCUGCCAAACAUCGAUGUACUAAAACCUUCACGCUCCACAGAUGUUGUAUGGCAUCCACUAAACCUCUUUAGAUAUUUGUAAAUGCUAUAGUGUGAUACCUUUCAACGCAAGUUUAUUAUUUUUUCUUUUACCAAUGAUAAUUUUGUUUUGGAGAACAAACAAAGCAAGAAAAAAUGAAAAAAAAAAAAUCACUCUGUGUCUGGCUUUGACAUGAUGACCUAACUAACACUGUAUUAUUGUAACUGAAAUAUGUAUGAUCCUAUGAUGAGCUAUCACUUCCCUUUCACUCUUAAAAAAUAAAAAAGAGAAAAAAAAUCCAGUGUAAAAAAUAAAAGGAUAUAUGUAGUGUAUGCUUGUGUUUAGUGCGUGUUCAUGCUGUCAUUCUUUUCCAAUGUAUGGUGGUGAAUUAUGGUGGCUAUGUGCUGUUCUGACUGGAUCAGCCAAGAUCUGUUGUAAAACCCUUUUUUGUACACCCUCUCAUCAACUGUGACAGUGAUGUAGUGAAUUUCAUUUACUUCAUUUAUUUUUUUGACUUUUUAUUUUCCAUAAAUGGAUACAGUGGUAAUGUGUUUGGUUUAUAAAUCACUAAUAAAAUUUGCUUUAUAAAAAUA